AUGGGGUUCUUCUCGGACUAUUUUCAGCAUCGGCGGGACUGCCGCUUCAAGCAGCAGGAGCGGAGGGACCGCAUCCGGGCCCUCACGGCCUACCACGGCGCCUUCACAGCGGCGGACCGGAAGACGGUGACGCGGCCCAUCGAGGAUCUGGUGGCCGACGUGCACAGCGGCGCCGUGUCGCCGCUCGAUGUGUUGCGCACAUACGGCAAAGUGGCGCUCAAGGCCCACGUGCGGACCAACUGCGUGACCGAGGUCAUGCUGCCGUCGGCCGAGGCUUGGCUGCGUGACGGCGCCAUCAACCUGCGCGGCCCGCUGGCCGGCAUCCCCGUCAGCCUCAAAGACACAGUCGCCGUCGGCGGCUACGAUACCACGGUGGGAUACAGCAGCUUCGUCGGCAACAAGACGCCCGACGACGGCCCCAUGACGCGCCUGCUGAAGGACGCCGGCGCCGUGCCCUACGUCAAGACCAACAUGCCCAUCACGCUGCUGAGCUUCGAGAGCACAAACGACGUCUGGGGCCGGUGUACCAACCCGCAUAACCCCGACUACUCGCCCGGCGGGUCCACGGGCGGCGAGGCUGCCUUGCUAGCCCUCGGCGGCCGCAUCGGCAUCGGCAGCGACGUAGCCGGCAGUGUUCGUGCUCCGGCCCACUUCUCUGGCUGCUACAGCUUGCGGUGCUCGACGGGCCGCUGGCCCAAGAUCGGCAUCUGCACGAGCAUGCCGGGCCAGGAGGGCGUGCCGGCCGUCUACAGCCCCAUGGCCCGCACGCUCGGCGACCUGACAUACUUCACGCGGGCCGUCGUCGGCAUGCAGCCGUGGAAGUACGACUAUACCGUCCACCCGCUCCACUGGCGGCCCGAUGUUGAGCGCGAGUAUGCCGACAAGAAGGUCCUGCGCGUCGGCGUGCUGCGCACAGAUGGCGUCGUCGACCCCAGCCCAGCCUGCGCCCGCGCCCUGGAGACGGCCGCGAAGGCGCUCCGCAAGCAGGGUCACGAGGUUGUCGACAUUAGCUCCACGGGCAGCGGCGCUCCGCCCGACAUGUACGAGGCGCUGCGGCUGGCCUCGCUGCUGCUCAACGCCGACGGGUGCCAGAUGUUUGAGACGUUUAUGCGGCCCGGGGAGUGGAACGACGCCGGCGCGGCGCAGAUGGUGCGGCUGGCCCGGCUCUGGGCGCCCGUCCGCUAUCUGUACUACCUCUGGGUCAAGUACGUGCGCCGCGACGACGUCUGGGCCGGGCUGGUGAGGGACUGGCGGGCGAAGACGGUGCUCGAAAACUGGCACCUCGUGAAGCAGCGCGAGGCGUAUCGCGCAAAGUGGUUCGAGUGGUGGGACGCCCAGGGCCUCGACGUCCUGCUGACGCCGCCAAACGCUACCCCCGCCGUCCCGCACGACGGCAUGCACGACGCCGUGAGCAGCUGCGGCUACACCUUCCUCUUCAACCUGCUGGACUACACGGCUGGCGUCCUGCCCGUCACGCACGUGGACAAGGCAAGAGACAGACUCCCCGCGACGUUUAGGCUCGGGCCGCUCAACGGCGUUGCGAGGGGCGCCUACAAGCUCUACGACGCCGAGCGCAUGCACGGGCUGCCCGUCGGCGUCCAGGUCGUCGGCCGCCGACUCGAGGAGGAGAAGGUGCUGACGGUCAUGAAACGGGUCGAGGAUGCCCUCGGCGGUGACAAGUACGAGCUCCUCGACCUCGCCGUGCUCGACUAG